AUGGGCUUCCCAGCCGGGCUCCUGGUCCUGCUGUCUGUAGGGGCCCUGCUGUACCAGCCGAUAACCCACGGGGACUUGGCCAAGGAUGGUCAUUGCUUCCAGGUCCUCCCAGGUGAGGAGGGGGCCCUGAAUAUCGGCCAGCACUGGGGGGACGCCACCCCAGCAGCCACCAUCUUCAUCGACCUGAGCAAAGUGACCAGCGCCGCCUCCUCCUUCGACUUCCGCACGCUGGACCCCGAGGGGGUGAUCUUUUUCGGGGACAUGGGGGACCACAGCGACUGGUUCGUCCUGGGGCUGCGGCGGGGGAAAGCGGAGAUGCAGAUCAGCAAUGUCGUGACGAACAUCAGCGUGCGAGGCGGGCAGCGGCUGGACGACGGACAGUGGCACCGAAUGGUGGUGAUGAAUGAGGGGGACACUGUGCGGCUGGAGGUGGAUGGCGACGAGCUGCUGACCCUGGGCCACGUCUCGUACCCCAUCAUCCAGCGCCAGGCAUCCAAGAUGCGCCUCGCCAUGGGGGGGCUGCUGCUCCCGCCCUCGUACCUGCUGGCCCCGAUGAAGACGCCCAUGGACGGCUGCCUGCGGCGCUGGAUCUGGCUGAACCAGAGCACGACCUGGUGGGAGGGCACCCCCAUGCAGGCGAAGGCCAAGCCCUGCUUCAGCGCCCUGCGGCCCGGCAGCUUCUUCCCCGGGGGGGGGGCUGGCCAGCUUCCGCCCGGCAGGUACCCGGGGACCCCGGCGUCCGGGCGGCCUGACCUGGCUGGCGGUGCUGCGCCCCCCAACGGGAGCUGGGGGCUGGAGGUGGAGCUGGGGCUCCAGGCCCCCCAGCAGACGGGGCUGGUGUUGGCUGUGGGGGCCCCAGACGGGAGCCUGGCACUGAGCCUGGCCCUGCAGCCCACGGCCCUGGUGGUGUGCCUGGGUAACCGGACCCAGCUGCGGCUGCCUCUGCCAGAGGGGCCCUGCCUGGAUGCCCCCCUGCGCCUGCAGGUCUCCCACACCCAGCUGGCCCUGCAGCUGGGUGACCACGGGGAGGCCCUGCCCGGGCAGCCCUCCGACUUCCAGUGGCUGCAGGAGGCCUGGCUGGGCCAGGAGGGGCGGCUCUUCAUUGGCGGGCUGCCAGAGGGGGGUGAGACCCCCAGCCCUCAGGAGUGGGGGACCUUUCGGGGCUGCCUGCAGGGGAUCCGGGUGCAAGGCCACCAGCUGGACCUGGACUCAGCCCUGUUCAGGAGCAACACCAUAUGGGCCCACAGCUGCCCCGGCAGCCAUGAGAGGGCGAGAGGGGGGAGAUGAGCCGGGGG